AUGACUGAGACCAUCGUCGACGCGGCCGUCGAGGCGGGCGUCCGCUUCUUCGUCCCGUCCCAGUUCGGCCUGGCCGACACGCACCCGCUGCUGCAGCGCUACUUCCCCAUCUUUGUCGGCCUCUGGCGCGACUGGGGCGUCCGCGGCGGCUUUAUCCUCGACCUCGACCGCAAGCGGGCCAGGCUCAUCGGCAAGGCCGUCGUCGGCGUCCUGGAGGGCAAGGCGGGCGAGGGCAAGACGGAGGUGCGGAUCAAGGACGUCGACCGACCGCAUCCUCUGGGAUCCUGA